GCCCAUCUCAGUUUAUUUUACGAAGUAGAAGUGGACGACAGUAUGCCAUGUCGGAUUCUUGUGCAAGUGGGUUUAAAUCGUGGGUCGCCGUAAAAUAAGACAAUUCUCCGCCACGCCUCGCUUCCACCUCGAUUACAGAGCUAAUAAAUGAUGGACAACAAAAAUACCUAAAUUCCUGUUUUACCCUUACGGUGUUGCCCUAAAUUACCACACCAGUUCACGGCCGCGCCGCUCUAUAUGGCCGCAAACUGUUGCCCCCGCCUCUCCCUGCUCUCUCCCCUUGCUUGCUUCUCUUGUCUCUUUCUCUCUCUCCGUCUCUCUGGUUUCUCCUAUGGCAGAGUUUGCGCCGAACCUGGACGACGGCGAGAUGUGGCUGCCGUCGGAGAUAAUCGCCGACCUCGGCCUCCGCCGCUUGCACCAUUCCAACGCCGCCGCCGCCGCCCGAGUCCGCAGCGCAUACCACCACACCUUCGACGUCGAGGGCCUCGCGAGCCAGCUCGCGGCACUUAGCCCGCUCGACCGCGUCCAGCGCCUCCCCGCCGCUAAGCUGCCGCCCGUUCUCUCGCCUCAUUACGAGGGGUUGAAGCCUGUCGGACCGGCGGCCCGGUUCGAACUGGAGGAAAGGGAGUUGGGGACCGGGUUGGGCCGCCCCGUCUAUGGCAUGGGGUUCGGAGCCUGUUCCCGGCCGGGGGUGACCCGGCCUGGCCCGACGCAGAUAGCUCAGGCGCAGGCAUGUGGACCGGAAACGGUUUGCGUCUCUUCUCUUCUCUCCUUCUUCUUCUUCGUUCGGUCUGUCCUUGAGAUGCCAUGCAAAACUCUGUGGCUUAAGGGCUCUGGGUUUCAUGGACGAUCAGGUGGAGGCAUUUGGUCGGGCUCCGCAGCGGCCACUGCGGCCGAUCCAGAGCCGGCUCGGCACUGUUCGACCGGCUGGUCAAGGAAGAGAAAGCGGAGGAGGGACCGGUGUGUUCCUCCCGCGGGUGAUCAACAACAACGAAGCGAGGAAGAAGCAUCACAACGCGACGGGAGGAGAGCAACAGAAGCAGCAGCCAACGAUAAGCACGGCGAUGUGGAAGCUGGAGAGGCCAUUUCAGCCGACCUCCGAGAUGCGCCUUCCCCAGGAAUGGACUUACUGAGACCAAGGAACCUCCCACCUCCUUCCUCCACCGGAGGACGUUGUUGCAGUGGUGGUAGAACUGGAAACAGAUGGAACUACAAUAAAAGUUCGAGGACGAUGUUACUGAUGCUCCGUUCUUCUCUCUGUCUCUCUCUCUCUCUCUCUCUCUCUCUCUCUCUCUCUCCCUCCCUCUCUCAUGUUGCGUGUCCUCGUUUAGCUUUAGGAUAAAGUACAUAUAUAUAUAUAUAAAGUGUGUAUC